CAAUAACCCAGCCCCAGCCACAGACAGUAAUCUCCUCGCCUCCUCACGCACACACUCUCGCGUCCGAUCCUAUGGAAAGCUGGCUGAAACAAUCUGGAGCGUCAGGUUUGGACGACGUCGAGCUUGCCGACUUCUCGGAUACUGGGCGCGGUGUCAGAACGCUGCGGCGAUUCAAGGAAGGAGAAGAGAUUCUCACCAUUCCACAUGGCGUUCUCUGGACAGUGGAACACGCAUAUGCUGAUCCCAUCCUUGGGCCAGCCCUUCUCUCUACGCGACCGCCCUUGUCUGUCGAUGACACCUUGGCUACGUAUAUUCUCUUUGUCCGAUCGCGCGGGUCGGGAUACGAUGGCAUGGGAAGCCAUGUGGCAGCGCUGCCUGCGAGCUAUACUUCGAGUAUCUUCUUUGCGGAGGCCGAGCUGGAAGUUUGCGCGGGAACUUCGCUCCACACUAUUACGAAGCAGUUGCAUCGACAGAUCGAGGAUGACUAUAGGGGAUUAGUAGUGCGACUGUUUGAACAACAUCAAGAACUGUUUCCACGCGACAAAUUCACUAUCGAAGACUACAAAUGGGCACUCUGCACCGUGUGGAGUCGUGCGAUGGAUUUUAAGCUGCCCGAUGGAGAUUCGAUUCGACUUUUGGCGCCCUUCGCGGACAUGUUGAACCACUCGUCGGAGGUUGGGCAGUGUCACGUCUACGAUGUCUUGUCUGGGGACCUCUCUGUUCUUGCCGGGAAAGACUACGAACUGGGAGAUCAGGUUUUCAUCAAUUAUGGGCCUAUUCCAAACAAUCGCCUUUUACGUCUCUAUGGCUUUGUCGUGCCCGGUAAUCCCAACGACAGCUAUGACCUCGUUCUCACGACGCAUCCUAUGGCGCCAUUUUUUGAGCAAAAGCACAAUCUCUGGGUAUCGGCUGGGCUCGAUUCGACCUCUACCAUCUCUCUCACUCUCACCGAUCCGCUACCAAGUAGCGUCCUUCGAUACCUCCGUAUUCAACGGCUACACCAAUCUGAUCUUGCUUUAAUAGCGCAUCAUAAAAGCGAUGUUCCAGUUGAGAAAAUCAGCGAUUCAAACGAAGUGGAAGUCCUGCGGUUUCUAAUAGAAUCGAUCUCUGGUCUUCUUGAUGGUUUCAGAACUCAACUAGAAAAGCUGGAAGAGCAACUCGCAGAGGGGUUCUAUUCUCCGGAAAGGAACGCAUGGUUGGCGGCGCACGUCAGCUUGGGUGAACAGCGGGUACUGAGAUUGACGAGAGAGACAGCGGAGAAUUUGUUGGCGGAGGUAGAGAGCGGAAGUGGAAAUAAGAGGGGUCCGUUGUCGGCACCAGCCCAAUGCGCCAAGUGCAAAAAGGUUUCUGUGCAGCUGAUGCGGUGCGGAAGGUGCAACGCGGUCAUGUACUGUGGGCGGGCAUGCCAGGUCGCCCAUUACGGAGAUCACAAGGCAAUGUGUCAAGCUACAGCUUCUAGGAAUGGUUCUUAAAGGAAUUAAAAGAGAAGU